GAGAGCAUGAAGUUUGCAUGAAUUUGUGUAAAAAUACAAUUUUGUUUUCUGAUAUUCCUCAGCCACGGAUUAACUCUGAGGGUAAAAAGUGAGAGAAAAUAGGUAUUUUCUAGCUUUAGUUCACUACUAAGUUUGACUUCAUAUGGCUCUCGCGCGUAAUAUAUAAAGGUUCUGUUCGUUUUUCUCCGAUUCAAUGUGAAAAUUUUGUAGUGCAUUUUAUUUUCAUCACAAAUUCAGUGCAAAGAAGUCAAUAAAAGUUAAAGAAAUCUCUUUAAUUACAAUAGACAUUUCUUGAUAUUCAUUCAGAUUGAAAUGACGAAUGGAAUUGUACGAGCCAUUAAGAGAAAUCUUAUUUCUCAACUUUUCAUCGCAUCCACGAUUCUAACAUCCGGUGCAAUCAUCAAUGUGAUCCAAGUUCUGUUGCACAUCUUAGUUAAACCCGUCAACAAACGUUUGUUUCACAGAUUGAUGUAUUACGUCAGCUGGACAUGGUUAGCCCAAUGUGUGUUCAUCGCUGAUUUUUGGUCGAAUACUGAACUCAUAAUAUAUUGCAAGAAGGAAGUUUUUGAUGUGCUGGGCAAGGAGCAUCAUUUUACUCUCAUGAAUCAUUGCUAUGAGAUUGAUUGGCUUAUUGGAUGGUUGGUGCUGGAAAAGUUCGGAUGCCUCGGUAACGCCAGAGGAUUCAUCAAAAAUGUUAUCAAAUACAUUCCAAUUUGCGGAUGGUUCUUUGGAUUUGCUGAGCAUAUCUUUCUUCAACGUUCAUUCGAGAAGGAUAAGGCUGUGAUUGAAGAAAGAUUGGACGAUAUUUUACAAUAUCCUGACAAUUCAUGGACGGUUGUGACUGCUGAAGGAACAAGAUUCACAAAGGAAAAGCAUGAAGCGUCUCAAAAAUUCGCUUCUGAGAGGAAUAUGGUACCAUUAAAACAUCAUUUGAUUCCUAGAGGAAAAGGUUUCAUUACUUGUGUUCCUAUUCUCAAAAAGUACAAAAACUUAUCAGUUUUAAAUCUUCAGUUAGCCUUCGAUAAAAGCGCAAAGGUUGAGCCGACAUUAGUGAAUCUGUUACGUGGAGAAAAGGUUGUGGCGCAUGUGUACAUAGAGCGAAUAUCUAUUGAUAACGUUGAGCCGACUCAAGAUUAUUUGAAUAAAAUGUAUCAAGAGAAGGAUGAGAUUCAGGACAGUUUCUUGAAGUUUGGAAACUUUUUUGAAGGACUAAAACAAAAGCCAAUUGAUGGCAUUCGAAUGAAACCACGUUUGUGUGUUGCUGUUAAUACUUUAUUAUGGUUUGCUUUGAACCUAUCAUUUAUGUUAUAUUAUGCUACCAAAAUGAUUCUCGCGGGACGAUUCGUGUUCCUGCUUUCCAUUAGUGGGGGAGUCAUUGCUUUGUUUUACAUCAUGAUGCAAAACAUCAUACGUCACUCAAAGGUCAACAAAGGAUCCCAGUAUGGAAAGAAAUAAAAUAGCAAUCGAUUCGAAUAACACUAGGGAACAAUCAUGAUGUAUGCAAUACCUACAACAUUGUACGAAGUAGUCUAUAAUUUAUCGAUUUGAAUCGAUUUUCACAGAAUAAACAAACUCUUUAAUGAAUUAAAAUUUAUUAUUUCUAUCUUGACGACGACUCUUUUUUGACGUAAUUUUUGAAGAUAUAUUUAACACCUGCUUUUUCAAAUCUUAUCAGUGAAACCAUAAGCUGAGGAAUUAAUUUCACUGACAACAAUUUCAUCAAAAAUAAGUUUUGCAAUGUUGAGAAAUAUCCAAUUACUUAAUCAAGGAUAUUGCACAGACACGUGGUAAAGUCAAUUUGUAGAUCAAUAAAUAUAGCAAAGAAGUACUUUCACAUUAAUUAAA